AUGGGUAGUAUGUUCCUUGUUKUAAUAGACAGCUACUCUAAAUGGUUAGAGGUGUUGCCAGUAAAGUCUAMUAAUUCUAAAGCUACCAUACGUCACUUAGAGAAAUUAUUUACUAACUUUGGUCUCCCCGAGCAUAUCGUUUCAGAUAAUGGCCCUCAGUUCGCCAGUAGCGAAUUUGGAGACUUCUUGAAGAAGCAUGGCAUCCGACAUACGCUUACACCUCCCGGACAUCCCGCGUCCAAUGGCAUGGCAGAACGUUAUGUCAGAUAMUUCAAAUCUGCUUUGUGUAAGAUGGAGAAAGCACAAGGUUCUUUACAAGAGAAGUUGAAUCGUAUCCUCUUUACGUAUAGAUGUACGCCUCAUCCURCUACUGCUGAAUGUCCUGCAUAUCUGCUUAUGCACAGACAAUUGAGAACGAAAUUUUCAAGCCUUGUACCUUCCCUUUCAAGCCACAAGGAGGCUGAUAYAUUUGAACAGAAUACUAAUUGCUUACCCAGAUUCUCUGUAGGUGACAAAGUCUACGUACUGAACCUCCGUGCAGGUCCUCGUUGGCUACCCGGAAUUGUGAUUGAGGUUUUGCAACGGUCAUAUUUCGUGCAUGUCGAAGGAUAUCCAGUUUGGAAAAGGCACGAGCAUCAACUUCGACCAAAGUCUCUUCAAUGUAAGUCUGAUGAAGAUAGUACCAUUUUGCAGCCAAUUACUGUUCCUGACUACUUACCAGUACCAGCUCUCGAGGUACCACCGCUUCCACAGGAACCAAUUGGAAGUCCUCAGAAGGAACCAAUAACUACGCUGCCACAGACACUCACUGGGAGUCCUCAGAAGGAACAAAAGCAGCAACAGGUUCAACUCGAACAACCUACAGUCAGUCCCCGCAAUGGAAGUCCUAGAAAGGUAGAUGAUGCAACAGCAACCGAACAACCUUUACAGCCAAGAAGAAACCCUGUUAGAGAGCGCAAGCCUCCAACUAGAUUUGGGUUUGAUUAUUGA